AUGAAUUAUCAAAAAAUAUAUGGUAUCACUGGUCCGGUUUCAACAGUAGGCCCAACUGCUGCAGAAAAUAAACUUAAUGAUGAAUUAAUCCAAGAGUUAAAGAAAGAAAAUUCUUUUGAAACGGAAUUAGAGACAGAAAAAAGAGUAAAUAUUUUAAAGACUCUUCAGAAAUUAACAGAGGAAUUUGUUUAUAGAGUAUCUAAAAAAAAGAACAUGUCUGAUGGUAUGGCUCGAGAUAGUGGUGGUAAAGUUUUUACAUUUGGUUCAUAUCGUCUUGGUGUUCAUGGACCGGGUAGUGAUAUUGAUACUCUCAUAGUAGUUCCAAAACAUGUCUCACGAGAUGAUUUUUUUACAAUCUUUGCUGAAUUAUUAAGGGGACGAGAAGAAAUAGAAGAAAUAGCACCUGUUCCAGAUGCCUUUGUUCCAAUUAUCAAGACUCAGUUUAGUGGGAUCUCAAUUGAUUUACUUUGUGCUCGUCUUGAUCUUGCACAAAUCCCAUUAUCAUUAACAUUAAGUGAUAAAAAUUUGCUUAGAAACUUAGAUGAAAAGGACUUGAGAGCAAUUAAUGGUACUAGAGUUACUGACGAAAUUUUGGAACUAGUACCGAAACCCAAUGUAUUUCGCAUAGCUCUAAGAGCUGUAAAAAUCUGGGCACCUAGAAGAGCAAUAUAUGCCAAUGUUUUUGGGUUCCCAGGUGGGGUUGCUUGGGCAAUGCUUGUAGCAAGAAUUUGCCAAUUAUAUCCUAAUGCAUGUAGUGCUGUCAUUUUGAAUAGAUUCUUUAAAAUUCUGCUUGAAUGGAAAUGGCCUCAACCAGUGGUUUUGAAACCUAUUGAAGAUGGCCCCUUACAAGUUCGUGUUUGGAAUCCAAAGAUAUAUGCCCAAGAUAGGUCUCAUAGAAUGCCUGUCAUUACACCUGCCUAUCCAUCCAUGUGUGCUACUCAUAAUAUUACAGACUCGACCAAAAAAGUCAUUUUACAGGAAUUUGAAAGAGGGGUACAAGUUACUAAUGAUAUUUUCACCAAUAAAAAGACUUGGGCUGAUCUAUUUAAGAAACAUGAAUUUUUCCAUAAAUAUAAAUUUUAUUUAACCGUUGUUGCAUCAACAAGAGGAUCUACUGAACAACAUUUAAAAUGGAGUGGGUUCGUGGAAAGUAAACUGAGACUUUUAGUUCUUAAAUUGGAAACCUUAGCAGGAAUUAAAUUAGCUCAUCCAUAUAUUAAACCGUUUGAAACUACAUAUAACUAUACUUCCGACGAAGAAUGUAAAGAAAUAAUGGAAAAUCACGGUACUUAUAAAAAGGAAGAUUCUAUCAAGAAAUAUAUUAAACCAUCUGACGAGGAAUCCACUUCUGAGGAUCCUGAAGAUACUAAACAAUUCCAUAUCACGACCAUGUAUAUUGGGUUAGAUGUUAACGUCGAAAGUAAAAAAGAGAAAAUCGAUAUUCAUGUCCCUUGUAAUGAAUUUUUCAACAUAUGCAGAAAUUUCAGUGAAGAAUUUCAAAAUUCUGAAGUGUUUUCCUUAAUUAUCAAAUAUUUAAAAUUGUAUGAUUUACCAAAUGAGGUUUAUGACGAAGGUGAAACAAGGCCUGUCAAGAAGAAGAGUAAACGAAAGAAACAUGAAAAAGAACACUCUAAUGAUAGUAUCAAAAGACCUAAAUCAACGCAUACCACAAAUGAUUCUACCUUGAACAACAUUCCAGAAACCCCAGCUUCAAGUACAAAUUGA